AUGGAUAAAAUCUAUUCCUUCUCAACUGGAAAUCUGGAUGGAGCAAAUGUUGGAGAAGAUCGUGUAUGUGAAGUUGAAACUGAAGAGCCCGACUUGGAGCUGCUUGAAUCGGGGCUUGGUGAGCAUGUUGGGAUACAAUCAUCUAACGAUCAAACUCAUUUAUUAAGGUCAGCUCGUAACAUUUCUCAUGCCAAAAAAUCAACUUUGGAAGCAAUGGUGAAUGCCGGAAUAUCUGUUGCUAGUGUUGUUUCUUAUAUGGAGAAUGAAGCACAUGGGCCUAAAAAUUUAGGCUUUAUUAGAAAGGAUGCGUAUGACCAUUUUGAGAAAUUAAAGAAGCAUACGAAAAUUGAAAAUGGGGAUGCCACUGCAUUACUUCAACAUUUUAUAAGAAAGGCAAAUAAAGAAUCGUUCUUUUACUGGAAUGCGCAGUUGAAUGACGAUGAUAGGGUGAUGAAUUUUUUCUUUAGGGACUAUAGGUGUGUGGUGGACUACGAGUACUUUGGUGAUGUUUUGUCCAUUGACACUACUUAUAGAACAAAUAAGUAUAAUUUGAUAUGUGCUCCAUUCAUUGGCAUAAAUCACCAUAGGAAUAAUGUUUUGUUUGGCUUGGCUUUUAUGUCCGAUGAAACUCAAAGUUCAUUUGAAUGGUUUUUCGCGACAUUUCUUGAUUCAAUGAAUGGUAAACAACCUCAAAUAAUAUUUUCUGAUCAAUGUCAAGCCAUGAUGAAUGCAAUAGAAAAUGUUUUCCCGAAUUCUCAUCAUCGUUUGUGUCAGUGGCAUAUAAAUCAAAAUGCCCCUUCACACUUUGGGGAUUUAAAUGGUAAUUCAUCCUUCAAGGAUUUAUGGUAUAAGUGCAUGUCUCAUUGUGAAUCUGAGGAAGAGUUUGAGAACACUUGGAAAUUUAUGGUAGAUUCAUAUCAUUUGCAUGAUCGUAAAUGGUUCAAUGGCAUGUACAAGCUUAGGAGAAAAUGGGCUACAACUUUUAAUAACGAGUUAUUCAGUGCCGGUCUUUUGGCUACAUCGAGGAGUCAGAAUGCAAAUAAAGUCUUAAAACAUGCCGGUAGCAAGAGUAGCUCUUUGUAUGAGUUCGUGAUUAAUUACGAAAAAGUUCAGAAUCAGUGGCGCACAAAAGAGAAGGUUGAAGACACUCGUUGUCGUCAUGGCAAACCCUCUCAAAUACUUAAGAACCACCCAUUGCUCGAUCAUGCUGCUAGUGUGUACACGCUUACCAUUUAUGGGUUGUUUGAGCAUGAACUUGUCGGUUCUUUGAAUUGCAAAGUUGAUGGCCAACCUUUUAGUAUUGGUAAUGAUGGAACUUCACUAGAGUUUCGAGUAAAAUCCAACGGUGAUAGCUCAAGAAUAAGACAUGUUUCGAUGAAUACUCAAACUAAUGAGACAAGGUGUAGUUGUCACAAAUUUGAGACCAUGGGAAUCUUGUGCAAGCAUAUUUUAGUGGUGUUUAACUACAUGGAUGUAACUAUGAUACCGGAUGCUUAUCUUUUGAAGAGGUGGAUGAAAUGUGCAAGGUUAAGGGUUUCUAAUGAUUUCAAGGCUAGUGAUGUUUCUUGUGGAACUGGUGAAGAAUCCGAUCUAGUCUUUGUGAACAAAGCAAUGAGAACGGCCUAUAAUCUUGCUCACAUGAGCAAAACUCACUUGGAGGCAUGA